AUGUCGACCGAAAAGCCCCUCCCUUUCGUUUACCAGUUCGCCGCAGGCGCCAUUGCCGGUGUCUCGGAGAUUCUGGUCAUGUAUCCUUUGGACGUCGUCAAGACACGAGUGCAACUUCAGACAGGAAAGGGCGUUGGUUCCGACCACUACAAUGGCAUGGUUGACUGCUUCCGCAAGAUCGUCCGCAACGAGGGCUUCGCGACACUAUACCGCGGGAUCACCGCCCCCAUCCUUAUGGAGGCUCCCAAGCGUGCGACCAAGUUCGCGGCCAAUGACGAGUGGGGCAAGAUUUACCGCAACCUGUUCGGCGUCGCCAAGAUGAAUCAGUCUCUCUCCAUCUUGACCGGUGCUAGUGCCGGUGCCACCGAGGCCUUUGUUGUCGUCCCCUUCGAGCUCGUCAAGAUCCGGCUGCAAGACAAGGCCUCCGCCGGCAAAUACAACGGCAUGCUCGACGUCGUCCGCAAGACCGUCCAAAACGAGGGCAUCCUGGCGAUGUAUAACGGCCUCGAGAGCACCAUGUGGCGCCACGUUCUCUGGAACGCCGGUUACUUUGGCUGCAUCUUCCAGGUCCGCGAGCUGCUCCCCAAGGCCGAGAACAAGACGGCUCAGGUCACCAAUGACUUGAUCUCCGGUGCCGUCGGUGGCACCAUUGGUACUGUCAUCAACACCCCUAUGGACGUCGUCAAGUCCCGCAUUCAGAAUAGCCCCAAGGUCCCCGGGUCAACUCCCAAGUAUAACUGGGCCUGGCCCGCCGUUGCCACUGUCGCCAAGGAGGAGGGUUUCGGUGCUCUGUACAAGGGCUUCCUGCCCAAGGUUCUCCGUCUCGGCCCUGGAGGUGGUAUCCUGCUCGUCGUCUUCACUGGCGUCAUGGACUUCUUCCGCACCCUCAAGACCAACGCUUAG